AAGCGCUCCUCACAACAACGCUUCUGCUUCAACUUGCUAGCGGGAAGCAGCUAUCGGAGGAUAUCCACAGGCAGCAGGAAUUGAGGAUACGAUAGGAGCUUGAGGAUGAGGCUGUCCCGAGCUGAGUAUAAAGAGAUAGCGAGGUGGACUGAGCAGCUGAGACCGACACGGCAAUGUAUGCAGAGGCUGAAAGAUAGAUUCCCUCAUCACUCGCAGUCCACUCUUCUGAGCAUCUUCUCCCUGGAGUACCAGAAACGAACUAAACGGACAAUCUCAAGACACCAUGCGCCGGAUGUCAUGGAGCGAUACUACAGGAGGUAUCUGAAUGAAGCCCAGGUUCGCCCCACUGCUCCCGUCUUGCUGGAGUUGGCAAAUGAGGUGGAUCUGUCUCCUGCUCUGAUGGCUCGCGGUAUCCUGGAUCAGUUCCUUAAAGACACGGACGGCGAAAUGCCUCCCAAAGCCGUCCUCAACAGCAUGCUGAAGGAGCCGUCGUUGAUUCCAGACCAAACGCUGGCAAAUAACGUCUAUCAGUGCACAAUAAAUGACUGCUGUUAUGGACCGCUGGUAGACUGCAUCAAACACGCUGUUGGCCAAGAGCAUGAGGUGCUGCUCCGUGACAAGCUGAUGGAGAGAAAUCUUUCUUUUCUGGAUGAAAACCAACUGAGAACUAAGGGCUACGACAAAACACCCGAUAUCAUCCUGGAGGUACCUAUAGCUGUGGAAGGACACAUCAUACACUGGAUUGAGAGUAAAGCGUCUUUUGGAGAUGAUCACAGCCAUCGAACCUACCUCAACGAGCAGUUCUGGAGCUACUGGAACAGGCACCAUUAGCGGAGACAGGAGGGGAUGAGACCAAACGUUCUGAAGACAGAGAGGAAGCAAGCGGCGGAAGGGGUGAAAUGAUCUCUGUCGGAAGAAUUGCCGCUGUGACCCCUCUGAAAAUCCAGCCGCCAUUUACAUAUAAAGGAUUCUUUUAAUCAAGGUAAGUGUUAUUAUAUUGUGCCCCAUUGAGCAAGGGAGUUUGGGUGUUAAAUAAAAUCCCCUUCUGCCGUGCUUCCUUUGAGAUGUGAUAUGUCUUGAUUUUUCAAAGGCCAGCGCUGCAGCAGUGUGGCCUUUACGGCGGGGGAAGUGUAAGCGUUAAACACGUCAGGUUUUUUUUCUCAGCAAAUAUAUUUCUAAAGGGGGAUUGUCAAACCCAAAUUAUCCCCAAUGGCAAAGAAAUAAAAAAAAAUAGAUGCAUAAAUCAAGUUGUGUGCAUUGAAAUGCAAUGGCGGAGUAUUAGAUUUGUACACACGAAGAAAAUAAAGCUGCAAAUAUUUAAAGAAAGCCAAGAAAUCGGCUAAAGUCUGUCGGUAUUUAGAAAGAAAUCCUGCUCCCUAUCGGUGCCAGUUACUAUCAGAUUGUUUAGCUGUACCUCACGACCUACAAAAAGAUUUAUCAUUACUAAGGUACCACACAAGAAGCAGGUCCUGAUGGGUAACAGCGCAGAGCUCUCUCAAGGCCUUCCUGACCUUGUGACAUAACAGACAAACUGUAUGGGUUGCGGGUGCAUUUCCAAAAGGUUGAAAAUUCCUGUGAGCACCACUGGAGCCAGAGUCCGGAAGUGGAAAGAACAUUUCACCGCAAACCAGCCAUAACCAGGUUCCCUUCACGAGAUUUCUGACAGAAGAAGAAUUUCCAAGUGCCAACGACCAAUCCAAGCAAUUAGUAAAUCUGGUUUCUCCAUGAGAAAAAUAGACAAGGCACCCAAUCACCUUGACCCCUAUACAUGCUUACCGCACCAGACGUUUCGAAGCCCACAAUAAGUUUGUUGCAGAACAACUGGGCUAGCCAGUGAAAUACUGGGAAAAUACAGCCUGGUCCGAUGAAGACCAAAUCUAACCACUGACAUGUCGCAGCAAACGCCUUGUUUGAAGAACCCGCACUGUACAUCAACUCAUAGGACUGCCUUUUGACAUACGGUCCUGGCAGACUUCAUUUAACUGAAAUAAGGAUGACUGGAGAAAUGUUACCAGGACCUCCUUGAUAGAAAAUCUGAAGAUGAAAUCCCAAAAAAUGCAGCCAAGGAAACUCAGUCGCCUUUAGAGGAAGAAAAUAAUGCUGCUUUGAAUUGGCCCAGUAGUAUAGCAGAACUGUAGAAUCAGAGUACAUAGAAGAAGCCUGCAGAACCUUCAAGACAGGGUGAAAAUGAGUGAUGCUAGUUUCUGCAUACAGAAGAUGGCAUGACCAAAAAAAGGCUUUUCUGCUAGUACGUUUCAGUAAGAAUGGUCUAUACUCUUUCCUUGUUCCUUCGUGACUCAUCAUUCAUAGACUGAUUUGUUUACAUUUCCUGGUGCGUGGAUUAAUUGGCUUGUGAACGGGCAACUGGUUUGAAUUCAAUGUCCAUAUAGCCACUAGAAAAACAUUUACUGAGAAAAACAGGGGCAUGUUCAGUACGUGUUUUGCUUACUGUAGCGCGGGGGUGAUGGGGUAGCGGGGGGGGGGGGGGG